CAUGAUGUAGAGAUCUAACCGCAGGGGCCUGAACCACUUCCGGGGUUAGCUUGUAGCUUGUAGCUGCCUGUCUGUCAGCUAGCUGAUGUAACGAGCAGCUGUCAAGCCCCCACCUCUCCCCGUAACGUGCUGGGGUUGCUUCUCAGAGUUAAUGUAUUUAGCUCGUUCCUUGUUCAAGAUGUCAAGUCCAAAUCCUUUGUUGAGGCUGGAGCAGCGGGCGGUCGAGGCUGACCAGCUCAUCGAGUACCUGAAACAACAAGUCCAGCUGCUGAAGGAGAAAGCCGUCGUCCAGGCCAGUGUGAGAGAAGAGAAGAAGCUGAUGGUGGAGAACGCCAAACUGAAGAACGACAUUGAAGAACUGAAAAACCAGCUGCUGGAAAAAGAGAAGAAGAGGGGAGUGCUGGCGGUGGCCAUGCCAUCGGGGGACCACAGCAUCCAGUGCAUUUCGAAGCCCACCCCUCCCAAACCCUCUGCAGCGGCACCCUCUGCUGACACCCAGAGCCCCGUUCCCAAAGAGGAGAGUAAAAAGAAGAAGCCAGAGAAAAAAGGUGGGGAGAAAGCAGAGAAGAAGCAGGCGGCCCCUAUUCAAGAAGAGGCCAAGGUGGACGUGUCUCGUCUGGACCUGCGCGUCGGGCGUAUAAUCACAGCCGAGAAGCACCCAGAUGCCGACAGUCUGUAUGUGGAGCAGGUGGAUGUGGGGGAGGAUUCCCCAAGGACGGUGGUCAGUGGCCUGGUCAAGCACAUCCCUCUGGAGCAGAUGCAGAACCGCAUGGCAGUCCUCAUGUGUAACCUCAAGCCAGCCAAGAUGAGAGGAGUCGUGUCCCAGGCUAUGGUCAUGUGUGCCAGCUCACCAGACAAGAUCGAAAUCAUCGACCCUCCGAGUGGAGCGGUGCCAGGAGACAGACUCACUUUCCAGGGCUUCCCAGGUGAACCGGACAAAGAGCUGAACCCCAAAAAGAAAGUGUGGGAGCAGAUCCAGCCGGACUUACGCACGGACGGCCAGUGUGUCGCAACCUACAAGGGAGCUGCCUUUGAAGUCGCCGGCAAGGGAGUGUGCAAAGCCCAAACCAUGAGCAACAGUGGAAUCAAAUGAAAUAACAGAGAUGCUUGAAAUAGCUCGGUGUUUACUCGGCAAUCAUCUGCAGUGAUGAGAAACAGGAAGGUGACGAAUGGAAGCAAAUGCUUUUUUUUAAAAGAUGUUCAAUAAAGAGAUUUGAAAAUGA